UGGGCAGAGCAAGAUAAAGUGUCCCUGAUUCGCUCUUGUCCUCACAUGAAUCGCAGAACAACUGCAUACACAUAGAGGGGGACGUAUAUUUAUUAUCUCGCGCCUGUGAGCAUCGGCAGUCGAUUGCUCAUGACUGAUUCGAAUAUGGCUGAUGCUGAGGAUAAUGUUUCAAUUCCCGGGUUCAGCAACCUUCUCCAAAUGGACCCUUUACUCAAACCAUACGAAAAGGACUUCCUGAGGAGGUCCAAGCAGCUUCAAAAGCAGCUGCAGCUUUUUGAGGAGGCCGAGGGGGGCUUUGAUCAGUUCACGCGGGGCUACACCCACUUUGGCAUUCAACGGCAGCCUGACAACAGCCUGAUCUUUAAGGAGUGGGCACCCGCCGCUGAAGCCCUCUUCCUCACCGGAGACUUCAAUGGAUGGAACAACUUCUCUCACCCCUACACCAAGAGAGACUUUGGGAAAUGGCAAUUGCAUCUACCACCACAGGAAGACAACUCGCCUGCAGUUGCCCAUGGAUCCAAACUGAAGGUGGUGGUGCACACCAAGGAGGGUGAGCGGCUCUACAGGAUCUCACCUUGGGCCAAGUAUGUGACUCAACAUGAGAAGUCCGUCAUCUACGACUGGGUGCACUGGGACCCCCCGCAGCCCUACCAGCACAAACAUCCACGGCCGAAAAAGCCCCGAAGCCUGCGGAUUUAUGAGUCCCACGUGGGGAUUGCCUCACCAGAGGGGAAAAUUGCAUCUUAUAGUAACUUCACAGCCAAUGUGCUGCCUCGAAUCAAAGACCUCGGAUACAAUUGUAUUCAGCUGAUGGCGAUCAUGGAGCAUGCCUAUUAUGCUUGCUUUGGUUACCAAGUCACGAGUUUCUUCGCUGCGUCCAGUCGGUAUGGCACCCCUGAGGAGCUGAAGGAGCUGAUUGACGUGGCCCAUUCGCUGGGCAUCGUGGUUCUGCUGGACGUGGUGCACAGUCAUGCCUGUAAGAACGCGGAGGACGGACUCAACCUGUUCGACGGCUCCGACUCCUGCUACUUCCACGCCGGGACCAGGGGCGUGAACAAGCUCUGGGACAGUCGCCUCUUCAACUACUCCAGCUGGGAAGUGUUGCGUUUCCUGCUGUCUAACCUGCGCUGGUGGAUGGAUGAGUACCGCUUUGACGGCUUCAGGUUUGACGGCGUGACCUCUAUGCUUUAUCACCACCACGGCAUUGGCAUUGGGUUCUCUGGGGAUUACUCUGAGUACUUUGGUCUACAUGUGGAUGAGGACUCUGUGCUCUACCUGAUGCUGGCCAACCAUAUGGUGCACUCUCUCAAUGAGGACUGCAUCACCAUAGCAGAGGAUGUGUCGGGGAUGCCGGCCUUGUGUCGUCCGUUGUCUGAGGGAGGCUGUGGGUUUGACUAUCGCCUCGCCAUGGCGAUCCCUGACAAGUGGAUCCAGAUCAUCAAAGAGUACAAGGACGAGGAAUGGAACAUGGGUAACAUUGUGCACACACUGACCAACCGGCGCUACGGCGAGAAGUGCAUAGCGUACGCGGAGAGCCACGACCAGGCUCUGGUCGGGGACAAGACCCUGGCGUUUUGGCUGAUGGACAAGGAGAUGUACACCAACAUGAGCGCCUUCAUUCCCAUGACGCCCGUCAUCGACCGCGGCAUCCAGCUGCACAAGAUGAUCCGGCUGAUAACGCACGGCCUGGGCGGCGAGGGCUACCUCAACUUCAUUGGUAAUGAGUUUGGCCAUCCAGAGUGGCUGGACUUCCCCAGGCAGGGGAAUAAUGAAAGCUACCACUAUGCCCGCCGCCAGUUCAACUUGGUGGACACAGAUCACCUCCGCUACAGCCAGCUGUAUGCUUUCGACCGUGACAUGAACCGCACGGAGGACAAGUACGGAUGGCUCGCUGCCCCGCCGGCUUUUGUCAGCGCAAGGCACGAGGGGGACAAGGUUAUCGUCUUCGAGAGGGCCACCACCAUUUUCAUCUUCAACUUCCAUCCCACCAACAGCUACCAGGACUACCGCAUAGCUGUGGAGAUGCCGGGAAAAUACCGGAUCAAGCUGGACUCGGAUGAGGUGCAAUAUGGGGGCCACGGCCGUCUGGACCACAACACCGAGUUCUUCACCGAGCCUGUGCCUCAUGAUGGUCGCUCACACUCUACACAGGUUUACCUUCCCUGCAGAACGGCUAUUGUUAUGGGCAAGGUGGAUAUUGAUUAGUUGUAAUGAUUACUGAAGCACAAUCAUCGCUUUGGAUGGAGGGAUGAAAUGGGUGCUAAGCACGCUUCGAAACUCGGGAGGGUGAAUCACAAAUGACAAGAGCUUUCUUAUACCCUUACUCUCUAUUCCAAAACACACAAGGCUACAUUUCCAUGGUCUAAUGUUAUACAGCCCAGGGCGGCACACAACCAAAUCCAUAAAGAACCAGAUCCAUAAAGAACCAGAUCCAUAAAGAACCAGAACCGGACCCAGACACUUUUGAUUUUGAUAACUGAGAGUCCCGAUGGGUGCAUUCUCCCUCUCAAUGUUCCCUUUAUGCACAUCAGAUUAGUAAUGAAGAGAACGUCGAGAUGGCAUACUUUAUGGGUUUCAGUGGAAAUAAAACACUCACAUCGUUACGACUUGGUAGGUAGUAGCGUAAUAGUGCUAUAGUAACUAAGUAGAGCACAGAGGUUUUCUUAAACAAUUGGAAAAGGGGAAAAAAGGUUUCAGGUACAGCGCCCCCAUAUAUUGCAACCAUGUUAGCUAACCUGAGCAAAUAAUUGCUUUUACUGGCUAGGUGUUCCCAUGCUCUGCCAUGCAGGUAUUUAUGGAUCAGAGGGUGAUGGCACAUGCAUGCAGACACGGCUGGCUGGCCCUCUUCCUCUGGGGGGAGGGAGGGGAUGGUCUGUUAUUUCCCAUGGGCCAUAUUUUGUUCUUGUUUUUCUGCUAUCCAUUCUUUUUUCCUGGAUGGCGACCCUCUCCCCUGCCCGUAUAACGAGAGCUACUGCUGAGUCUGCGCACUGGUGGAGUAGGUCAUUUCUCAUGGCUUGCUAUAAAGGCCAGCCCCCUGUGUAUCGCCAAGAAGACAUAGCGAAGUCGUGAGGCACAGUCAUGACAUUUCUGUAGCGACAAACGCACAGCACAUACCAGGGAGUCAACGAGGUGGCCUGCCCCCUCUUUCUACUGAGAGGAGACAGGCCACAUCCAAGACUGUGUGCCGUGACCUAGACCCCAGACUGAGUAGGACACAGACCAAGGCUUUGAGAAGACACAGACCAAAAAUUACACUUACAUGGGUACAUCCUCAUGAGACCAAGGCCUCACAUUGACGUCUUCACAUCUUUUAGACUGAAUCUGUUAGUGUCUUAAUUAAACCUUAAUUACACCAUGGAAAUGUAGUCAAUAACAUUGUGCUUGCCUAUGUUAUCAAUAACCGUCCUGUAAAAAAUGAAUCACAUUGUACUAAGUAAGAACGGACCUCACCUGACAGAAUCUCCAUCCAUUAGUAAUUCCCAGUUUAUUUUUGCACAUCUUCCUCCCUCAGUUGGACUGUGUUUGCUACUGAUGACAUUAUGUACCACUAUACUACUAUGGUUCACUGUGUGUAUUUUGACGUACAGCCUUUCAAUGCAGCUUUUACUAAGGUCAGUAUUUGAUCCAGUGCCAGGGUACUGUAUGUGUGUAUUUUUUUCUUUCUGAAGACCUUUAAAAAUGCAUUUCAAUGGGAUUUUGCAACUUUACAUUCUUAUGUGCAAUUCAUUGUAAACAAUGCCCUUUGAAAAUGUGUGUGAAUUGUAAUUGUUGUUUGUAUUCAUAGAAUGUCAAGGACAUUGCAUAAAUUAUGAAGAAAAUUGAUUCAAUCUGCCUUAAUCUUAGACUAAAUAGGCUUGACACGAUCAUGUUAGCAGUGCUGGAAUCCUCUGAGAAAAAGAGAAGAGAAAAACAGCUGGGAUAAAAAAGUAAGAAAGCUGAAAAUUUAAACAAUAUCAUUUAAUUGAUUUAUACCUCAACUGGCAGAUUAAACUAAUUACCUUUUUCUUGUUUUUAUAUGUCCAUUUCCAGGCAGCCUGCGAUGACUAAUUUGUUGAUAUAAAAUGUACUGCUCUGUUUAAAAUGCGUUAAUUAUAUAUAUUGCGCAUCUCUGUUGCACAACAAAAUCCAUAAGUCGCUUUGAAACAGUAUGUUUAUAUGAGCAGACACCUUGCAAGAGGCAGUGGCGAGGUGUAUUACUUUAGUCAAGACGAGACAACUUCACGAUCAAUCAUGUGUACGUCUGUAGCGCCGCGCCUAAUGGAGAUAUGAACACAAAGCUAAAAGGAUCUGAUAGCUCGACCGGUUUCGUGCCAGCAUCUGUAACACCGAAACCCUUCUGCCCUUCAUCACGCUCCCAUCACAUUAUGCAUUAAUCUGUCUCUGCGUACAUAAUCCCAGCCUCCCUCUCGCCCUCCAUCCCUCCUGCCCUCCCCAGCAGCUGAUCCGGAGAGCCUCGCAGGAGAAGCUGGAUUAACUGCGUAAAUAAGUACAUUAAAAUCAUUAUCCAGAAGCCCGAGCGCGACUUUCCCCAGGUGUCUGACUCCACCACCCCACCCCCCACCCCCCUCUCCCGCUCCCUCCCUCUCUCUCUCUCUCUCUCUCUCUCUCUCUCUCUCUCUCUGGUGCGCUGAGGAGGUGAGCUCCCCUCUCCCUCUGUUGUGGUUUGGGGGGAAGCAGAGGCCCUGAUAGGCUUUUCGCUAUUGUAUCACUGUUAAGCUUGUUAGCCAUCUAGAUCCUCAUUUUCGUGAUGCGGAGGGUUGAUGAAGAAGCAGAGGAGUGAGCAGCUUUUCAGAUCGAGCUGCUGUACCUUGCACACGUCCAAUCUGUGGUUUAUUUUUGUGUUUGUCUUUGUGUGUUGCGCUGGGGGAGGGAGGGAGGAGGGGGGGUUGAAGUAUCAUGGUGUAGUUUGGUGGUUUUUAUCCCAGUAAUGAGUAUCUGUUGUAACUUUGCAUCGUGACCACAACAUCCCAGAGGUCAAGCCUCAGAGUCUCACCAAAAUAACUGUGUUUUUUAUUCUUGUCAGGUGAUGUUUCUGGCUAUAGAGCCACAAGCUGUAUGUAAACACAAACAUGCGUAUUUAAUGAAUGAUAGAAAUAAAUUUAACUAAAUGAAA